CGAGGUCCUUUGUUCGGUACUUCCUUCCCAUUGGCGCCCCCAUCCCAAGCCCUAAACACACUGUCCCGAAUCAAAACAACAAAACACAACAGAUACUAUCAUACAAAUAACUAUGGUGGCAGGUGGAAGGAUACCAAGGACUAUUCUGAGCAAUCUCUUGUCACGAGUAACUACAGGGUCUCUAUCAUCAUCAACAUCAUCAUCAUCAUCAUCAUCGUCUUCGUUUGGACCUCCUUCUAUCCUCAUUUCACGAAGGGGCAUAGCUUCCAAGCUUUAUGUCGCAGGACUCUCAUUUUAUACCACAGAAAAAGCAUUAUCAGAUGUGUUUUCUCAAUUUGGCCAAGUUGUUGAAGCCACUGUUAUGAUGGAUAAAGUUUCCAGCAGAUCAAAAGGCUUUGGAUUUGUUACUUUUGCAUCUGAAAUUGAAGCUGAAAAAGCCAUUAAUGAAAUGGACCAAAAGCCACUACACGGGCGUGUGAUACAUGUUGAGCUGGCAAAACCACGAAGGCCGUAUAGUAGUGCCCCAAUAGCUAGAGGACCCCCCGAACCACCUACAGACGUGCAAUAAGCACUUGUACAUUUGACUUCCAUCUGAGAGUCAAACGUACAAGUAAUCACAAUAGGUACACCGAUGCAAGUAGUAGUUACAACUUACAAAAUAUUAAUUUGUUAUUUGGGAUAAUUAUGUGUCAAGUUUGAGGCUUUUCUACAUAGUCUUUGUUUUGACUUUUAUCUUAAUAUUAAAAUUUUAGGAGUAAUUAUUGUUUUGUGGAUUGUGAAUUUAGUUAUUGUUUGUUAGUUUUAUUGAUGUUUUGACUAAACUAUAUAAUAGAAGAUUGAUACAUCUUGUGCAUGUAGUUAUUGUCAUUUAAAAAUUGGACGCAACAUUUCCCAUGAUUCAUUUUGUAAGUAAUGAAAGAAGAAAAAC